AUGGCGGCGAUGAUAUCCAUUGGAAUCAUCUUCUUCUUCUUUCUUCGUCCGACGGCAGCUAGUGCACGCGGUGGCGGCGUUCCACCGGUCAUCGUCUCGACGUGCGCCGCCGUGAGCAAGGCUAGCUUGAGCACACGAUACGACGACUGCAUCCACAUGUUAUCGUCCAGCCCGUCCACCGCCUCUGCCGCCGACGCCCGCGGGCUUGCCAUCGCCGCCGCGAACCUCACCGCCGUCCGCGUCGCGUCCACGCUCGCCGUCCUCGACAACCUCAUGGUGGCGCUGCAGUACUGCGUCGCCGACUACGAGGAGAUGCAAGGAUCCGCUGUCGGCGCGGUUGAUGACCUCCUCCAUGGCGCCGACGCCAGAAACCUGGACCUGUUGUCCAAGCUCAAGACCUCCUCGUUCCAGCCUGCCUUUUGCGACCUUGCAUUCAUGGAGAGCAACACCGACAAGGACCCCAUGGAAGCCGAGAACUUGGAGAACGAGAAGCUGUCCCGGUUGGCCUACGGCAUCGCGGAGGUGCUACGUACCUAA